AGUCAUUUAUAUCGGUUCCAGGACUGGAGGCCUACAUACACUGACUGAUUGUUGAAAUCAUUGCACGUUUCAGGGGAUCAGAGGAUAUUAGUAGUUACCGGUCGAUGAAUCGACUAAAGUCGCGCAGUUGUUCGACACCGUAGAGAGGUAUCAGGGCGCCGUAAACCCGAUGUCGUCCGCAAAAGACGCAACGCCCUUUAUGUUUUUGCCACAAAAGUAGCCAAGCGGUGGGGAACCUGAGUGGUUCGCACGCAAAGAAGGUGGCCAAAUACCCAGAAAGCUGAUCAUUGAGUUUAGGUCUUUUUCAGAAGUAGUGCAGUGUUAAAGCUGAUGUCAUCAUAUUUUUGUCGUGCACGAUUAACAGGAGAUAAAAUGAGCGUCUCACAGCAUAGAAUUGUGGAUGAGUUUCAAGUACAGGAAGAUCAGACGAAAUACCAUUAAAGUUCUCCGAGGCAACUAUAUAAACUUUAGUAAAUGGAACUAGAUGACUGCCAGAGCUGCAGAGGCUACAGGGCCAGGCUGUUUUAGCUGCUCAUGCAUGCGCCCUCGAUACAAACGACUUGUCGACAAUAUAUUCCCACCGAUUCCUCAGGAUGGGCUUGUGAAGAACAACAUGGUAAAGUUGACAUUCUACUCACUGUCCUCACCUGAGAAACUGGACAGAAUUGGAGAGUAUCUUUAUCAGCGAGCAUGCAGGGAUCUUUCCAGGAAGAGAACUGGGUUUGUCGUCAUUGCUAUGGAAGCCAUGGAUCAGCUGCUAGUGGCCUGCCAUGCUCAGACACUCAACCUGUUUGUAGAGAGUUUCCUGCGGAUUGUCCAAAAACUGUUGGAGUCAACAGAACCAGAGCUCCAGAUUUUGGCUACUCAAUCGUUUGUGAAAUUUGCCAAUAUAGAAGAAGAUACGCCCUCAUACCACCGCCGUUAUGAUUUUUUUGUCUCAAAGUUUUCAUCCAUGUGUCACAGCAACCACUCAGAACUAGCAGUGCGGGACAGUAUCCGCUUAGCUGGCAUCAAGGGCCUGCAGGGGGUGAUCCGGAAGACAGUAUCGGAUGAUCUGGUGGAGAACAUAUGGAAGGCUCAACACAUGGACAAGAUCGUACCCUCGUUACUCUACAACAUGCAGGACUCCAGGUACCUGGAGAAGGAGGCUAAUAGUCCAGAACCUGAGGAAGAAAAGAAUUCACCACCAUCGCUUGCAGAGACUUGUAUCCGGGAGCUGGUUGGGCGUGCAAGUUUUGGCCAUGUGCGCUGUGUACUCAAACCUGUUCUCAAGCAUCUGGACCACCAUGACCUAUGGGUACCCAACCAGUUCGCCAUCCAUACAUUCCGCAUCAUUAUGUUCUCGAUACAGUCUCAAUACUCAUAUGCAGUGGUAGAAAGUCUCAUGAAUCAUCUGGAUGAAAACUCCAAGUCUAGUCCCAAGAUCAGGACCAGCAUCGCAGAUGUUUUAUCCAAGAUCAUAGCUAUUGCUGCUGAGGAGAGUGUGGGUCCAUCUGUGCUAGAGAUCAUCAAUUCUUUGUUAACACACCUAAGAGGCAGUGUGGACCGAGAGAGAGGCAGUGGUGGGGAAGAGAGACAGUACCAGGAUGCUCUGAUCAACGCUUUGGGCGAGUUCGCUGCCCACCUGCCUGACUACCAGAAGAUAGAGAUUAUGAUGUUCAUAAUGAGCAAGGUGCCGUACAUCACCGGGGAUCAUCGCAAGGGCAAUGCUCUGCUGCAACAGAUGCUGCUCAAAUCCUUACUCACGGUUGGACGAAGAUAUCACACUGUUGCUCUAAACACCACCUUCCCUAUGUCCUUCCUUGACCCUCUCAUGAGGAUGUCUCUCUCAUCCGAUUCAGAUAUGAGGACGCUGGUGCAGAGGAUAUUGCAGACAUUGCUGGAUAGGCACAACAACACAGAGAAGCUGCUUAAACCCACGGUCAAUGUAUCAGAGUUAGAACUGGUGGCGGAAAAGUGCAGCCGCUCGGACGCCAUCUUCUUGCGUAAGAACUCUCCGGACAUGUUCCAGUGCUUUCUGGAUGGGCUGGAACAUGACAAUAACACUGUGGAGAACAUAGAAGCAGUCUAUACAACGAUUGCACUUCUCAUCGUGGAGGUGGCUUGUGACGAUACCCUCAGUGACUUCCUCAAUCUGCUACUCAGGAUUCAGGACCUGGCUCUGUCUGCUAACAACAACCUACCGCAAGCUCAGAGAUACAACUUACAUGCUGUGGUGGCCAGCCUGCUCAUCCUCCUCCCUCACAUUGUAACCAUCUCACCUCUCAAGGAAUACAGUGAGAAGCUAAUAGAGGACAGAAGGAGCCAGAACGCUUUUCACCUGCUGCCUGAGCUACUGGUACACUACGACGUCAGAUCCCCCGUGCCCUUGGACAGUCUGCUGGUGGACAAACAGAUGUUGGCUGAGUGUCUCAAGGCCGCAGGGUUGGACUCUGCUCAUGUGACUCCUGCUACCAUGUCCCAUAGUUUACCUGAAACUCGUACUACGACAAUAUACCUGGAACCGCACAGCUGGGUGGAGAACUCUACUGUCAUCAAGGGCAGCAAUGUUGACAUCUCUUCAGAGGUUGACAGUGCCACAUCCACACCUGGUGUCCAAAGGAAGUACCCUGAGGAAGAGCUGACGUUUGAAGCAAUGAAACGUGUCUUAUCUGAGAGUCCAGAGGUAAAGCGAGAUGCAGAGGCAGAACGACAGAAGCAGCUGUGUGAGCGUUUCCGAACGACUCCCUUCAACGAGUUAGUGGACCUCACAACCUCAAGGGAGGAGGACUCACUGCAAAGUAAACUGAAUGAGUUGUUUGGCCGCUUAUCGACAACAAUCAAUUCGCCCAUGACGCCUUCUAACCCCACCUCACCUCACCCCCAGCAUCAGGCCUCACAGCCACCUGUAUACGAGCUGCUGUUCCCUGAACUCUUUGCUUACUGAACGAUGUAUUACCAUACGUAGACCCUACGUAGGCUAUCGUUUUGUACUCAACAUACUUGUAAUUGCUUUAGCAAUAUAUAAUUAUGUAAAUGAUAAUUAAAUAUAAUACUUGAAAAAAACUUAUUUUUAGAUUAAAAUUUAGUGGUAUUGUAAUAUGAAGAUAUACAGUUUUAUUUACUGCUGAAGGUGGCUUUAAAUAUUAUUUUGAGUGCUUCCUUUACAUCCUGCAUUUAUUUUAUAUUUAUAUAUUUUUGCAGUACAGUUUUCUGUUCAAGUACGUUUUCUUUCAAUUGUGGUACUUAUAUAUUUUUUGUGGUGCAGUCUUUAUAAUGAUUUUAGAAUAUGUUGUAGCAAGUUUACAAUCAGUGUUUUUUAUAUUCCAUUUUUAUUUUUACUUGUUCAUUUUUGUGUAAUAGAUUGUUACAUUAGAUUUUUACUCAAACAUUCAAAAGAUUACAUUGUGUAACCUUGGGAAUUUGUCUUGAUCUUAUGAAUAAUAUUGUUCGUAACCAAAAGAUAAUUAUUAUAACUUGUUGACAAUAUUUGAACUUUAUAGUUAGAUUAGAGAGGUGUUGACAAAAUUGCAUUUUUGUAUUUUCUAUGUUUUCUCUAAAUACAUAAUUUAUGUACCUAAAUGUUUUUCAUACAAAGUUUGUUGUAUAUGGAUGGUUUUUAAUAAAAUAUAUAUGACUGUU